AUGGAGGAGGUUCUUAUUUCUGAUCAAGUAUUCAGUAAUCCAUAUAAAAUACAUGAUAUAAAUGAUGAUAUGUAUUUGGUAGAAAAUCAGCUUCCAUUUUUUAGCCUUGAGGAUUUGUUUACGCUAGCGAAUAUCAACAUAUCCUCGAACAGAGAUGGUAAACUUUCUAUGCUUGAGAUUACCCAUGAGUUCACUAGAUUUCAUUGCGGAUUUUUAGGAAUAGAGAACUUUGAAGAAAGAAAUUAUUUGAGGGUGAAACAUCUUGUUCAUUUUCUUAGAAUUUGCAUGGUGCCUUCUAAAUUGCCAAAGGAAGUGAGACCUAAAAUUCUGACGACACCAAAUGUAUCAAAACUACAUAAAAUUGGAGUGAAGUUCAAGUUGGGGUCAACUGCAAAUUUGUUUGAUAUAAAAUUCCGUGAUGAAAUAUUGGAAAUUCCACGGCUUAGUAUAUGUAGCCCGAUGGAAUAUGUAGUGAAAAAUCUUUUGGCGUUUGAGCAAAGUCAAUGUGAUGAUAAUCUCUUAUGUGACUAUGUUAUCUUCAUGAAUUAUCUUGUUCACACUCCCAAGGAUGUGGAAUUGUUCGUUCGACAAGAAAUUAUCGAAAAUCUUCUUGGGGAUAGUGAAAAAGUACCAACUCUUUUUCAUAAACUUGUGGAGCAGGCUACUUUUGAUUCUUAUUAUUUCCAGUUUUCUUCUCUUGUUGAAGAUCUGAAUGCGUAUUGCAGAAGACCUUGGAACAAGUGGAAGGCAAAUUUGAAACAAGAAAUUUUAAGAACUCCAUGGACUGCCAUUUCUGUCAUUUUUAUUGUCAUUCUUCUUUACUUGUAUUCACUUUAA